AUGUCGCAACCCCAGAACGUUGGAAUCAAAGCCCUCGAGAUCUACGUGCCUUCUCGAAUUGUCAACCAGGCUGAGCUCGAGAAGCACGACGGUGUCGCUGCUGGCAAGUACACCAUUGGUCUUGGUCAGACCAACAUGGCCUUUGUCGACGACAGAGAGGACAUCUAUUCCUUUGCCCUGACCGCCGUCUCUCGACUGCUCAAGAACAACAACAUCGACCCUGCAUCUAUUGGUCGAAUCGAGGUUGGUACUGAAACCCUUCUGGACAAGUCCAAGUCCGUCAAGUCUGUGCUCAUGCAGCUCUUUGGCGAGAACAGCAACAUUGAGGGUGUGGACAACGUCAACGCCUGCUACGGAGGAACCAACGCCCUGUUCAACGCUAUCAACUGGGUUGAGGGUCGAUCUUGGGACGGCCGAAACGCCAUCGUCGUUGCCGGUGACAUUGCCCUCUACGCAAAGGGCGCUGCCCGACCCACCGGAGGUGCCGGCUGUGUUGCCAUGCUCAUUGGCCCCGACGCUCCCCUGGUUCUUGACAACGUCCACGGAUCUUACUUCGAGCAUGCCUACGAUUUCUACAAGCCUGAUCUGACCUCCGAGUACCCCUAUGUUGAUGGCCACUACUCCCUGACCUGUUACACAAAGGCCCUCGACAAGGCCUACGCUGCCUACAACGCCCGAGCCGAGAAGGUCGGUCUGUUCAAGGACUCCGACAAGAAGGGUGCUGACCGAUUUGACUACUCUGCCUUCCACGUGCCCACCUGCAAGCUUGUCACCAAGUCUUACGCUCGACUUCUCUACAACGACUACCUCAACGACAAGAGCCUGUACGAGGGCCAGGUCCCCGAGGAGGUUGCUGCCGUCUCCUACGAUGCCUCUCUCACCGACAAGACCGUCGAGAAGACCUUCCUUGGUAUUGCCAAGGCUCAGUCCGCCGAGCGAAUGGCUCCUUCUCUCCAGGGACCCACCAACACCGGUAACAUGUACACCGCCUCUGUGUACGCUUCUCUCAUCUCUCUGCUGACUUUUGUCCCCGCUGAGCAGCUGCAGGGCAAGCGAAUCUCUCUCUUCUCUUACGGAUCUGGUCUUGCUUCCACUCUUUUCUCUCUGACCGUCAAGGGAGACAUUUCUCCCAUCGUCAAGGCCUGCGACUUCAAGGCUAAGCUCGAUGACCGAUCCACCGAGACUCCCGUCGACUACGAGGCUGCCACCGAUCUCCGAGAGAAGGCCCACCUCAAGAAGAACUUUGAGCCCCAGGGAGACAUCAAGCACAUCAAGUCUGGCGUCUACUACCUCACCAACAUCGAUGACAUGUUCCGACGAAAGUACGAGAUCAAGCAGUAG